ACGCUAGCCUUCAAAACCGUUGCCGAAGCUUCGCGCAGUGAUGGUUUGUAAACAAUUGCAUUAUUGUAACGGCCGGUGUGUUGUGUGAAAUUCGUGAUUGGAAUAUUGAACUAGAUGCAAGAAAUAUUUUGUUUUCUACACCAUACAGCGAGAAAACUGGAGCACGAGUAAGAAUCUCGCUAGAAAUGAGUAAAAAUAAACGUCGUUCUGGAGGGGCCGCAGAGCCCCCACCACAACCGCCUCAGGAAGCGAUGGAAGUGGACGGACAAGAUGACACCAAUUUGUCCGAGGACGAAGAAGGGGGCACCCGUGUCGGAGGAAUAUACAUCCCACCACCCGUUCCGCCUUACUGUUCCACGGAAUGCAAGGGACCGCGGCUGAUGAUCACCAACAUUUCCAAUUACAACUUCAAAAGCUACGCUGGCCAUGUAUCGCUGGGACCCUUCCACCAGCGCUUCUCCGCCAUCAUUGGACCCAAUGGAAGCGGGAAAAGCAACGUAAUCGAUUCUAUGCUGUUUGUGUUCGGUUAUCGCGCCCAAAAGAUCCGCUCGAAGAAACUGUCCGUGCUGCUUCAUAGUUCUUCGAAGCACCCGAACACCAAUAAGUGCACGGUGGGGGUGCAUUUCAAGCAGAUUGUCGACAAAGAUGACGGAUCUUUCACGGUCGUUCCUAAUUCGGAAUUUGUUGUGGCGCGUACCGCUUUCCGUGACAAUUCCUCCUACUAUACGAUUGACAACAAAAAGGUUCACUUCAAGGAGGUUUCGAAACUGCUGAAACAGCAUGGAAUCGAUUUGGACCAUAAUCGGUUCCUGAUUCUUCAGGGGGAAGUUGAGUCUAUCUCAAUGAUGAAACCCAAGGCGCUAACGGAAAAUGACUGCGGAUUGCUGGAGUAUUUGGAGGAUAUUGUUGGGACCACCAGAUACAAGCAGCCACUGGUUAAGAUUAAUGAGCGGGUGGAAAUGCUCAACGAGGAACGAACCGAAAAGCAUAAUCGCUGUAAACUUGCUGAACGUGAGAUGAAGGAUUUGGAGAAACCUAUGAACGAAGCCGUCGAGUAUCUCAAGCUGGAGAACUCUCUGACCAGAACUAAAAACCAGCAAAUCCAAAAAUAUAUCAGCGAGCAGAAGAAGAAAAUCACAGAAUUGGACAAAGAACGAGAACAAGCAGGUGGAAUUUUAAGCAAACAUGACGACACUUACGAAGCACUGAAGAAAGAGCGCAUUGAGAUGGAAAAUCAGGUUAAAGAGGAGAUUAAACAGUACGAUGGGCUUGUCAAGAAGAAGGAUGAUAAGGAGAAUGCCCUGAAGACAUCACUCGAUAAAUACACAAAGGUACAAGCCAACAUGAAGGCCACCAACGAGCGUCGCAGGAAAACGAUGACUCAGAUCGAGACGGAAAAGAAAAAGUUGCUCGAACUACAAGAGAUCCCCGAAAAGAAUGCCAAAGAAAUCGCCGAAUCUGAGAAAAAGAUUGAAACACUGACCAAACAGAAGGCAGACAUCGAGAUAAAGUUAGCGGAGAAUUUGGCAACACUCAAAGAUGAAACAAAAGUUCUGCUGGAAGAAAAGGAGAAACUCCAAACAGAAUUGAUCGAUUUGAAGAAGGCUGUGGAUGAUUCCAAGUCUGCCCUUGCGCUGGCGGAGUCAGAGUUAAAAAUAUGCCAACACAACGAGACGACCGAAAAGCGAAAACUCGAGACGUUGAAGUAUUCCUAUGAGGAUUCAAAUAAAUCGUACGAAGAGAAAAAAGUCCGUCUUGAAGAGCUGGAACAAGCCCUUCCACAGCUCCGCGAUAAUCUGCAAACUGCCCAAGGCAAGUUGCAUACGAAUGUCACCGAGGAAAAAGAACUGCGCAAUCAACUGCGAACGAUUCAGGGAAAGCUGCAAGAAUCGAUGAAUGCGAUGCAAGCGACUCGGUCCCAGGGGAAGGUUCUCGAUGCGCUGAUGAAGCAGAAAAACGAAGGUCGCAUUCCCGGGAUUCUAGGUCGGUUGGGUAAUUUGGGAGGAAUCGAUGCGAAGUAUGACGUGGCCAUUUCGACAUGCUGUGGAAAUUUGGACUUCAUUGUGGUGGAAACGGUUAACACUGCCCAGGCUUGCAUUGAUUUCUUGAAAAAGUAUGACAUCGGCCGAGCUUCGUUCAUUGCGCUGGAAAAGAUUCAACAAUACGCGCAGUAUUGCCACCGGACGAUUCAAACACCGGAAAACGUUCCCCGCCUAUUCGAUCUGGUACGAGUUGAGGACGAACGAGUUCUACCAGCGUUCUACUUCGCACUGCGGGACACACUAGUUGCCGACAAUCUGGACCAGGGUCAGCGAAUCGCGUACGGCCCAAAACGUUUCCGCGUGGUAACGCUGAAUGGUGACGUUAUCGAAACAUCAGGCACAAUGUCCGGUGGGGGUCGCUCGAUGCAGCGUGGUCGAAUGGGUACCAAGGUACAGACGAAAACAUCCGCUUCCGAUACGUCCGGCUCCAGCAAGGAAGUGGAGCAGCUGCAAGUGAAGGCCGAGGAGAUUCAGUCCCAGAUCAACUAUCUGCAGGAGCAGCAGGGCGAGCUGGAGCAUGAAAUCCAGAAGCUCUCGUCGCAGCUCAAGCAUCAGGAGAAUGAAGCCAAACGAUUGCGAAUGGAUGUGCACAGUUUGGCGGAACAGUUACCUCGGUUGAAGGAUCAGGUCGAACGACAGGAGGCACGAGUGUCGCAAACACAUUCCGAUCCGGAGAAGGUGCGGGCACUCGAAGAAACCGUAAAAAAAUGCCAAGAAGAGCACAAAACUUCCAGUGACGCGGCCAAUGUCAUUCAGAAGAAGGUCGACAAGAUUACUGCGCAAAUCAACGAAAUCACCAACACCAAGGUUAAGGAUUUGCAGACCAAAAUUGCCAACAUGGGUAAACAGAUUGACAAGUUGACCACAAACAUUUCGAAGCUGACGGUGGAGAUCAAAACAUCCGAACGGAACGUUAAGAAGUCGGAGGAUAAAAUCAAGAGCAUGGAGGAGGAGGUAGUCGCGGCACAAGAAGCCAUCCGAAAGGGCAACGAUGAGCGAGAAAAAUUGGACGAGGAAGCCAGCGCCCUGAAGACGGAGGUCGACACGCUCAAGCUGGAGAUUGAGAAAGCUCACGAAGGUUCGUCCGCUAUCAAGAAGCAAAUUGUUGCAAUCCAAAAGAAGGAAGCAGAGGGCAAAAUGAAGCGGUUGGAGUUCGAGCAGAUUCUGCAAUCGAUCGAGAAGAAGUUGGGAGAGGUGAAGGACACGAUACCACAUUGGAAGAACAAGCUAAAACCACUGAAACUGCACGAGAUCCCCGGCGAACCGGCACCCGACCCGUUGAAAGAAUACACAGAGGAGGAAUUGGACAGCUAUAAAUUGGCCGACCUGCAGUACCAAAUAUCGAUCCAAGAGGAAAAACUCAACUCGAGCAAACCGAAUCUGUCCGUGAUCGAAGAAUUCCUGAAAAAACAGGAAGCCUACUUGCAACGGGUAGCCGUUCUGGAGGAAAUCACCGCCAAACGUAAUGAAAUGCGUCAGUUGUAUGACGACGUGCGGAAGAAGCGUUUCACCGAGUUUAUGCAGGGUUUCCAUAUCAUCACCAAGAAGCUGAAGGAAAUGUACCAAAUGAUUACACUCGGUGGCGAUGCCGAGUUGGAACUUGUUGACUCUAUGGAUCCUUUCAAUGAGGGCAUAGUAUUCAGUGUUCGCCCGCCGAAGAAAUCGUGGAAAAUGAUUUCCAAUCUGUCCGGAGGCGAGAAGACGCUCUCGUCGUUGGCACUCGUUUUUGCCUUGCAUUACUACAAACCAUCGCCUCUGUACGUGAUGGAUGAAAUCGACGCGGCGUUGGAUUUCAAAAAUGUGUCCAUCGUAGCGCAUUACAUAAAGGAACGAACGAAGAAUGCCCAGUUCAUCAUUAUUUCGCUACGAUCCAAUAUGUUCGAACUUUCGGACUACUUGGUUGGCAUUUACAAAGUGACCGAUUGUACCAACUCCGUAACGAUCAAGAAUGAUCCGCCCAAAUUCCACAUCACCGGAUCUCAGCAACCAGACCAGUUUACAUUCAAUCCCAAUCUAAGUCUCACCUCGGAACCCGAAAUUGAGCAACCGUCGAAGAUAGACGCUUCGAAAGAUGAAAGCGGUCUGCAGAGCGAUUCACAGAAGGAAAAUGUCGGUGGAAAUGUGCUGGAACAAUCUUCUAUUACUUCACCCCAACCCAUGGAAGUGUCUGUUGAUGCGAUCUGAAGCAAAACAAAAAUCUAGAUCUAUUUGUGUGACUACUAUUGAACUGACGAUUAUUAAUAUUAUUUGUUGCUAGCUAUAGGAUUUACUUUUGACUAAAUUUGAUUCUCAUAAGAAUAUGUAACGAACAA